GCGCUGACAGGUAGGUGAUCGGGGCGCUGUCCGUGGUGCUGAAAGCUCCUCCGGCUGCUGCCAGCUCAGCUCCGACCUGAGUCCGACACCCCGCAAAGCCUCACACUCCUCACCCAGCCACACUUUGUUCUUUUUUUUUAAAAAGAACCCCACUAUCAAAUCUUCCUGUGAUCCUUGGUUGGUUUUUCCUCAUCGCUGGCCGGAUCUUAAGAUGGCACUGCACGGAUUAACAUUGCGCAAGGCAAACGCGGACUUAUUUGACUGCUGUUUUGUGACUGUGAAACCAGCCCUUUCAGACUGAGCGUGAUCCCCCCCCCCUUUUUCUCCAUUUUCUUGCUCAUCUUUUCAGGACAUCGAGGUGUUUUCUUUUUUUUUUUAAGGAAAGAGACGCUGAAUUUGGAUUAUUGUUUUAACAAUAUGCUCUUUAAUGCUGCACUUCAUUUUGCUAUAGUAUCAUAGGAUUUUUCUUCUGAAGAUAAUUUGGAUAUGGAGCCAAGCAAUGAGAAAGCUCCCCCUACCACCAAAGAGGGGCUUAAACAAAUGGCAGGAAAGGCCCUGGGGGGUCUGUACAGGAGGCUCGAGAAGCGGCAGCAGACAGGUGAGGGCAUCGAGCUGACGGAGGACGGGAGACCCCGGCCGGACCAGGAGCGGAAGCCCCCCCUGUGCGACUGCACCUGCUUCGGCCUGCCGCGCAGAUACAUCAUCGCCAUGCUCAGCGGGCUCGGCUUCUGCAUCUCCUUCGGCAUCCGGUGUAAUUUGGGCGUGGCCAUCGUCAGCAUGGUCAAUAACAGCACGAUCCACCAAAACGGCAAGAUCAUCAUCAAAGAGAAAGCCAAAUUCAACUGGGACCCGGAGACCGUGGGGAUGAUCCACGGGUCCUUCUUCUGGGGCUACAUAGUCACUCAAAUUCCAGGGGGCUAUAUCUCCUCAAGACUGGCUGCAAACAGAGUUUUCGGAGCUGCCAUUGUGCUGACAUCCACCUUGAACAUGUUCAUUCCCUCUGCUGCCCGUGCGCACUAUGGAUGUGUCAUCUUUGUGAGGAUAUUGCAAGGCCUGGUGGAGGGAGUGACUUACCCCGCCUGCCAUGGGAUCUGGAGUAAAUGGGCUCCUCCGCUGGAGAGAAGUCGUCUGGCAACCCUCUCCUUUUGUGGGUCCUACGCUGGAGCGGUGGUGGCCAUGCCUCUGGCCGGGAUCCUGGUCCAGUACACUGGGUGGUCAUCAGUCUUCUAUGUGUACGGGUCCUUUGGGAUUGUUUGGUACAUGUUCUGGAUUUUGGUUUCAUACGAGAGCCCGGCGGAGCACCCCACCAUCACUGAGGAGGAGCGCCGGUACAUCGAGGAGAGCAUCGGCGAAAGUGCCCAACUUAUGGGUGCAAUGGAAAAAUUCAAGACCCCCUGGAGGAAGUUCUUCACUUCUAUGCCUGUCUAUGCAAUCAUUGUGGCCAAUUUCUGCAGGAGUUGGACCUUUUAUCUUCUUCUCAUCAGUCAGCCUGCAUAUUUUGAAGAGGUUUUUGGCUUUGAGAUCAGCAAGGUCGGUAUGGUGUCAGCUCUUCCUCAUUUGGUCAUGACCAUCAUCGUGCCCUUGGGAGGCCAAUUAGCAGACUACCUGAGGAGCAACAACAUCAUGUCCACCACUAUGGUUCGCAAAAUCAUGAACUGUGGAGGGUUUGGCAUGGAGGCGACUCUCUUAUUAGUGGUCGGCUAUUCUCACAGUAAGGGGGUAGCCAUCUCUUUCCUAGUCCUGGCUGUGGGAUUUAGCGGUUUUGCAAUAUCAGGUUUUAAUGUGAACCAUCUGGACAUCGCUCCACGCUAUGCCAGUAUCUUGAUGGGCAUUUCCAAUGGUGUGGGGACCCUGUCAGGCAUGGUCUGCCCACUCAUAGUGGGCGCAAUGACAAAGAAUAAGACCCGAGAAGAGUGGCAGUACGUCUUCCUCAUUGCCUCCCUUGUCCAUUACGGAGGCGUGGUGUUUUACGGGCUCUUUGCAUCUGGGGAAAAACAGCCAUGGGCUGACCCCGAAGAGACCAGCGACGAAAAGUGCGGCUUCAUCGACGAGGAUGAGCUGGCCGAGGAGACGGGCGACAUCACACAGGGAUACGGGGCAAUGGCUGGUCCGGCCAAAAGCUAUGGGGCCACGGCGCAGCUCAACGGAGGCUGGGUGCAGGACUGGGAUAAGACGGAGGAGUACGUCCAGGAGCCAGCUGGAAAGAUGUAUGCUCAGCGUGGCUACUCUUAAACCAUACCGUUGUGGUGAGUCUGCUUCAAAAAAUGGACUCUCCAUCACAGAUUGCACAAAUAAGCAUUGUAUCAGAUAUUUUAUUCCAUUUUGUGUGUUCAAGUAGUUUCAAAGGAAAAUGUAAAGAUGUAGUUAGUUGCAAUGCAGAACAAUCCUCACUAGAGUCUCAUGCAUUUCAUCACAUCUAUGACGUAAUGUUUCAGUAUACAAACAGACGGCGGUUGCAUAGAAAACUGCAGGCCUGUGUUGUAAUACUUGGGCACCAAAACCUCAUCGAUCUACUUGAACAACAUGAGCCAGAUAACACUGCAGUUGACCAUCACGUAGGGUCUAUUUCUGAAAUACCAAUCUGAUUGCACUGAAACUAUAAGUGUUCUAAAAACAAGAUUUUUAUUCCGUUUCUCAAAUGUGUUUUAUGUACUGUAUAUAUCUGUAUACUGUUUCUGUGAGACUACUGUGGAAUUUGGGUCGUUGAUCUGUGUUGACAUUAAUAUAAAAGGCCAUAUUUUUCAUGGACAGUACCUCUUCAGGGAGAUGUCUGCUUGCAAAAAAGGUCUCCUCCUCCUCCUCCUCGAGUGAGGCCUACAAUAACAUUAUAAGACAAAAAUAGCGUGAGUGAAAUUGAACCGUAGAGUUUUAGUGUGUGUUUGUUGCAUGAAUUUGCUCAGAUCAAUGUUUCAGACGUGGCCGCCUCACAGUCACUGAUAGUCUUCAUUCAGCCAGCUGCUUUGUUCUUAGAUAAGUGUCUUCUGCCAUUAUAGAUAAUAAGACAAGCUUUCAUAAUCAGGUUCAGGUCUUGAUGUGAAGCAAAUUUUUAAAAAAUGUUUUGAAGGCAACUGCGCAGAAGACAUUGUUUAUUGAUGUUUGGUGUGCACUGCAAUAAAUUCUGUGUACCAGCGGCCACCCAUCACAUUCUGUUCUGUAACGUAACAAUAGCUUGCUGUAUCUAACUGUACUUGUUUUGGAGUCAUGUGAUGAUCAACAUUAAGCUGUGUGUUUUUAACAGUUUCCUAGUGUCUGGAGAAUCUAGCUGUAGUGCUCAUGUUGGAGGAGAUGUUGCAUUUUGAUGGCGAGGAAUUCAGAACUACAUGCAAGCAACUACUAAGUUGUUUGUGAUCUCUCUGUAUUCCUCAGUUUCCGUCACAUCCACCAGGAGUACUUUACAGGCGCAUUGAUAUUGUCACUUUUAAGUACAUCACAUGAAUUAAUAGAUGACUCUUCCACUUGAUUUCAUUUGCUGUUGAAACACUUUUCUUCAUUUCUGUAUGGAAUCUGCAAGGAUGUUGAAAAUAUAUGAAUAUUUAAGAAUGUUUAUGAUGACCAAAAGAUGCUAUUACGGCUCUGUGCCUGAAGUUUAUGUAAAAAGAUAAAUGUGAUUUUAUGGCUUAUAAAAUGGUGUUUAAAGAAGAAGUAUGUUGAUGUCAAAAAGUGUUAUAAAAAUACUCAUAUCAUUUUAUAAAAAAAUCGUCAAAAAGC